UCAGCAAACCAUCUAGAGAAACAAAACAGAAAGAACCAGUGAGAAAAAAGAAAGCAAAUAAUACUUUCUUCUUCUAUAUAAUAUAUUUCUGGGGAUUAUUCCACCACUACUUUCUGUAUUCUGGAAAAUCCCAACCGAAAAGAUACUACAGAUUAUCACUUUCCAAUACUACUCAGAUCUCCUGUCUUGAUAUAAUUCUCGGGAUUCAUCCACUCACAGCCUCUUCUCUGAGACGUUCUUAACUCCCAGUUAAUUUGGAAAACAAGUGAAAAUAUGAAGAAUUCAGUCUCAGACCAAAGUUUCUACAUUGAGAGUGAAGAUGAGGAUGAGAGAGUAUCGGAAAGAGACGGGGAAGAAGAAGGAAAUGAUUCUGAUUCUUCCGAUAAUUCAUCGGAAGGUAGUCAACAGCAAAACAGGCCUAGUUCUUACACCACUACUUGGCCACAGAGUUACAGGCAAUCCAUGGAUAUGUAUGGUAGUUUAGCAUCACCAAACAUUGGAUUUUUGGGAGGGACGCCUUCACUGUCUAAAUUUGGAAGUUCCUUCUUAUCCUCAUCGUUAACAAGGCGACAUACACCAGAGGUGCUCUCGAAUUUGAUUAAGCCUCUGUUGCCUACGCAUGGCCAACAAACACCACAGAAACAAAGUUCUCAUUCGUUACUUCCUCCUAUUCCAAGUGGUAGAAAGUCAUCUAUACAGAAGAUAGAUAUCCACUCGAGACCUUCAUCUAAAGUCUCGCAUGAAAUACCGCUUCCUCGCCAUAGCACUUAUGGCCAAUCUGUUAUGAAUGGAAUUAAUGUUCUGUGCGGAGUUGGAAUAUUGACGACACCGUAUGCUGUACAACAAGGUGGAUGGUGGGGAUUAUCUAUACUUCUCAUCUUCUCUAUACUCUCUUUGUACACUGGAAUUCUUUUGCGUUACUGCUUGGAAAGUGAACCUGGCCUUGAAACUUAUCCCGAUAUUGGUCAAGCUGCUUUCGGCACUACCGGUCGUUUUAUCAUUUCUAUUAUAUUAUACGCUGAGUUAUACGCUUGUUGUGUGGAAUACAUAAUCCUCGAGGGCGAUAACUUAUCUUCAUUAUUCCCGAAUGCGCAUUUGAGUAUCAGAGGUCUGGUGUUGAACUCACGUCAUCUUUUUGCGGUGAUCAGUACACUUGCUGUUCUCCCUACUGUUUGGCUUAAAGAUCUCAGUCUUCUAAGUUACAUAUCAGCUGGAGGAGUAGUUGCUUCAGUUCUGGUAGUAGCUUGCUUGUUUUGGGUUGGAAUUGUUGACAAUGUUGGAAUUCACAGUAAAGGGGUACCUCUUAAUCUUGGUUCGCUUCCUGUUGCCAUUGGUCUGUAUGGUUACUGUUACUCUGGCCAUGCUGUUUUUCCAAACAUUUAUACCUCUAUGGCUAAGCCUAACCAGUACACAUCGGUUCUCUUGACAAGUUUUACUAUUGUUACCUUGAUGUAUGGCGUGGUAGCAGUGAUGGGAUACAGUAUGUUUGGUGAGUCAACACUGUCCCAGUUUACUCUUAACAUGCCACAAGACUUGGUUGCUUCAAAAAUCGCCCUCUGGACUACGGUAGUGAACCCAUUCACCAAAUAUGCUCUAACCAUGUCACCUGUAGCCAUGUGUAUCGAGGAGUUGAUACCAUCAAGCCAUAUGAAGUCGCCAAUGUAUUCAAUCCUAAUCAGAACAUUAUUGGUGUUCUCUACAUUGUUUGUCGGACUGACCAUUCCUUUCUUUGGUUUGGUCAUGGCGUUGAUUGGAUCUUUAUUGACAAUGCUUGUUACUUUGAUUCUUCCUUGUGUUUGCUUUCUGGGCAUCUUAAGGAGUAAAGUGACAUGGUUGCAGGGGUCACUCUGUAUUAUGAUUAUAAUAGUCGGAGUUGUAUCAUCAACCUUCGGAACUAUUUCGGCCAUCUCCAAAAUCAUCGAAAACUUGAGUUGAAGAUGCAUAGCAGCAAGCAAGGCAGAGCAUAUUUAUCGAAAUUCACUUAUAUGGUUUUCAUUUUCUUCCCCAGUUUCGAUUGGAUUCUGGACUUUGUAGCUCUUAAACAUCUUAAGUUCUACCUCUUUUUUCCUUUGUUAUUAGCAGUCACCGCAGUUGAAAUCAUCGAUCGUUUUCACUAAUACAAAAUCAACUAUUUUUUCUCUA